AGAAAGCAGACAUCCGGUUUGCGGGUCCGGCUGCUAGAGGCGGAGGCCGAAAUGGUGCGGUUCAAGCACAGGUACCUGCUCUGUGAAGUGGUGUCUGACGACCCCCGCUGCCGCCUGAGUCUGGAGGACCGAGUGCUGGGCGGCCUGGUACGGGACACGAUCGCCCGCGUGCACGGGACUUUCGGCGCGGCCGCCUGCUCCAUCGGCUUCGCGGUGCGAUACCUCAAUGCCUAUACUGGAAUAGUGCUACUUCGAUGCAGGAAGGAAUUCUACCGGCUUGUGUGGUCAGCUCUUCCCUUCAUCACAUACUUGGAGAACAAAGGACACCAUUACCCGUGUUUUCUCAACACCUUACACGUGGGAGGUACAAUCAGAACAUGUCAGAAGUUCCUGAUUCAGUACAACAGGAGACAGCUGUUGAUCCUGUUGCAGAACUGCACUGAUGAAGGAGAACGAGAGGCUAUCCAGAAGUCUGUCACGAGAAGCUGUUUACUAGAGGAGGAGUCGGCUGGGGAGGAGCGUUCAGACAGUGGUGGUGAGGAGGCUGCUGAGGCAAUGGAGUGAAGCUCUGCAGACUGCCCUGUGCCCCAGCCUCAGGGCCCACUUGUUGGGACAGGACACUCUCGGAGGCAGCAGCAUCUCCUGUACUUCUCGAACUGGAUGGCUGCUGACCAGAGGCCGAGUGACCAGCUCAAAAUGGACUUACUUGCUUAAAACUAAUCGAAGUCACCUUUACCCAGCAUUGCCUGGUUAAGUGGUUCUGGAGGCUGUGAAGCCCCUGUAGUUAUAGACACCUUUGCAUCUAACUGCCUGGCUGAGAGCAGGUUUAAUAAAUGUAUUUGGCUUCUGUA